AUGCCCGCACUCCCUGAAACCUCCACAACAAACAAUCUCUUCCUCCUCUGUUUUGCCAACCUCCUCUUAAUCCUCUUCUUCCUUAAUUCCUCUGGUGUUCACGGGGUGCCACUCAGAGAGCACAAACUGUGGGGAAGUGAUUCAGACUCCCAGAGGGGAAAUGUCCACCAGGCUCCUGAUGCUGACAUGCUCAAAGCCUUGGAGUACAUCGAGAGCCUUGGAGUGCACCGAGAGCCUCCGUCAGAGAACCGACACAGACACCCUUUUAACAGCCCCCUCUCUGCAGGGUACGAUGCCAGCCACAUGGAUGAUGCUGAGAAGCUGCGUAUGAUGCUGAGACUGGCCUCUAACCCUGUGCAGAGUAAAAAUGAGGAUGAGGAAGAGGAGGAGGGAAGGGAGGAUAAGAGUGAGGAGCUGCUCCAGGCUGUGCUCAGUACCCUCGAGCAGGUGGAGAAGGCCCCCAAGCCAGAUUCACUUCGCCCCAGCACCGGAGGAGGAGCCAUGAAGGACGGCAUGUAUCCCCGGGUGCAGCAGAAGCAACAGGGCACCAUGCUCCAAAAAAAGAAGCUUCCGCUAAUGUUUGAGGAUGAGGAAGAGGGUGAGGGGGGUGAAGAAGAAGAGGACGAGGGGCCAGAUUUGAAGCACGAGAGCCACUUCAAGCGCACCAAUGAGAACGUGGAGGAGAAGUAUACGCCACAGAAUCUGGCAACGCUGCAAUCUGUGUUUGAUGAACUGGACAAGCUGACUGGUGCGAAGACCGUGCAUAAACGUCAAGGCGAGGAAGACGAUAUGGAGGGCGAUGAUGAGGAAGAUGACGACAUGUUUAAUGUCAGCAAUGUGGCGUAUGAUGAUGUGGGUGGGGAUCUCGCACUCAACUGGGGUCCACAACAAGACCAGGAGGAGGAGGAGGAGGAAGAGGAGAGGGACAGCAAACAAGAGGUUGACCGAGGGCUUGAUUAUGUUGAUGACAAUGAUGAAGAAGAUGAUGAGGAUGAUGAAGAGGAAGAUGAUGAAAGUUAUCCAGUCAAGAGGUCAAAAGAUCCAGAUGAUGUUACCAACCUAGUGGACUAUUACCUCCUGAAAGUGCUGGAGAAAACAGAGGAACAGAAACGAGAGAUAGAGGAAGAGGAGGAGGAGAAGAAGAGGGCUGAGAGGAGAGUGGCUCAGACACAGUACAGAGAUGACAUAUUCCCGCGAACCAUCUACGAGUUCAUUCAGAUCUCCCAGAAAUACCAUAUUCCACCUGAAGACCUGAUGGACAUGCUCAAAACCGGAGAGAUAAUGAGUCAAGACAAGUUACGAAAGAGCAACAACUUAUCCAGAGCACAAAACAGGCUCUCUCAGAUAUCCUCAAAGAAGAUACACAAGCUUCCCGAGGCUAGGUUCUACAACAGACGCCUGCCUGAUACUCAAAAAUCCCCAGAGGAGAUGAGGACAGAAGAAAUCCUCAACAUCCUGGGGUUAGGGGGCAGGGAGGAUCGAGCUCCUGUCAGGAAGCAGAAGCAGUACAAGAGCUCGCUGUCACGACUUCACACUCUGCCUAUGGGGCGUUCGGGGGAUUCUGCUCCCACUCAACGGCGCCUUCCCACCACACUGAGGGAUGACUAUGACAACAACAUGGAUGAGGAUGAACUGGCGGCGUAUUUAGCAGCUCAGAUGCCGGCACAGUAUCUGAACCUCGCGUCCAGCAACAACAACAACAGGGCGAGCCAAAAGCGGGAUGAGGCUGAACAGAGCAUGACAGGCUCUUUUGAACAGGCCAUACAGGACUAUUUUGAUCACAUGGACUCAGAUCAAAGCCCAAAUGAAAAGAGACAGUCGGAGGACGGUGAGAGGGGCGAUGACACACAAAUGCAAGGCACUGACAAUGAGGCCGUGAUGAAACUGCUGAGCUACCUGAACCCAGAAACUGAGGAAAGUGAUACUGAUGCCAAAACUGCCCAAGGAAUAUAAAUAGGGCUGUAUAUAUGUGUAGCAGGGUCCAAAACUCUGAGACCACUGUCCCAUUUAAGACUUUUGGACCUAUAUAUAUAUAGAGAGAGAGGGAGAGAGUUUGGUGGAGGG